AAUCGGUCCAUCGGAACACGGCGUAAGCAACGAGCUUCAGUCUGUAGAUGAGAGCUGUUCGUGACGUUGAUUCUUUACGACCUGUGUUCCUCGGAGUUCCGUGUGCAUUUUUCUACCCACAGUGCAAGUAGCAGAGUAAAAUCAGAAUCCGCAGCAACAAAAGUGAGCUCGCGAGUGAGAAACACAGAGAGUGAGAGGUUGGACUUUCGUACCGUACUCAUCGCUCUCCAAGAAGAGCCGUCGUCACACAAUCGUCGUUCGUUCACAUCGUUUGCUCAUCUAUCGAACACAACGUACACACAUUCGGGAGACGAAGAGUGCGUGUGCGUGUGUGCACAGAGAGAAGGUAAAGCAUAGGAAAAAAGAGUUUGAAGCAAAUAUCAUGCAAAGUUGAAGUGUGUAGUGUAGUAGUGUUGAAGAUUAAGAAAAAAUAACCAAGAAGGAAGCAGAAGAAAUCGUAGUUUUUGCUGGCGAAGUCGUGAAGUGGAAUCGACGAAAGUGAAAGAAGAAACACGGUGUUUGUGGGGCGGAAAAUCUGGUCAUUACUGCACCAGCAGAGCUGGGCGCUGAUAAAGAGAGAAAAAAAAGUGAAAAGUGCUCAACCAGUGAAACAAGAUUCGAAAUUAUUGUACCACACCCCAAAAAGGUCGUGUUCUUGGGGAGGAUUUUUGUUGUUGUUUGGAAACGAGCUUAGUUCGGCGAAGCAAAACGAUUUCGAAGGAUUCAGUUGUGAAGCGCACAGAGCUAGCUGUGAAGAAAGAAGACCUGUCCGUUUUGGUGACCGUGGUGGCAGAAAUUGAAGUGUGCGAGACGAAGAAGACAGUGGUGCGGUAUUCGAACAGCGAAGACGGCACAAAUACGACGACGAAGAAGACGACAGCAGAAUUUCACUUCGGGGGCUAUUCGCCUCUGCGUCGCUGUUUUGCUGAGACUUGGUUCGCCACGACGACGUGAACACUAGAAUUGCGCCUCGGGUGGUAUCUAAAUUGGAGCUAGAGUCGCAGAUUGUAUAUGCGCGCAUUCCUCGUGGCACAGCUCAAUAUUUGCAGUUAGGGAAAAAAACUUCGCCGCUCCCCACCGUAAUCGAAUACUCAGUGAGCCGUUUCUGCCGGUUUUGUUUUGGUGGAUUUCGCGUGAAAGCGAAAGUGACUGACAGAGAAACGCAGUCAGGCAGCAAAUCGAUUCGAAAUGAUAUCGCGGGACUGCCGCCGGGAGGUUUCGUGUUUGGAAUCGGUGCUACUGGCGAAGUGAAGCCGCCGCCACACGCCUGUCGGCCGGAAUCUCGUGUUGUGUGUCCCCAUCAAACUGUGAGGCUGUGAUCAGGUUCGGUCGUUAAAGUGUACCGUUGAGCGGAUUUAGGGUUCGAGAAGGAAUUUAAAGUUCGUAAUGUGACGCGAGUUGUAGCGCGGUUCAGUCCCUCCACGAAAUCAUGAAAUCGCCGAAUGGCGGCUGGUAGAAGACGUCCGGCGAAGAGUUGAAAGCGUUGUGCGAAUCUCGUCAUCCACGGAGAAGCAGCGAGAAGCGAGUUGGAAUUCCGCUGAUGAGUGCUUAAUUAUAUACGCACGCGAGCCAGCCAAGUGUGUGGAAUGAAGAACUGAGUUUGCGCGCUCGUGAAGUGUAGCAUAUGCCAGCGUUGCCCACGAGAAAAUAAUAGUAAUAAUUAUAUUAACAGCGAGACCAAUGCUGUUCAUCCAGAUUAUCGUACGGAGAUUAACACAAAUUGAACGCGGGAUUAGGCGCAUUCACUGAACCGUUGCUGCUGCCGAAGAAAAAAAAAAAGAUAAAAAGAGAGGGAGAGGAAAAGAAACUGCUGGGAAGAAUAAUUUCCAGCUGAUUAUCGUCAUAACGACGUUGUCCCUCCUCACGUUGUGUUUAUUUUCCGCUUCGUAAUUGAAAACAAAAUUCACACCUUACGAACAGACCCUGUUAGAGUUAGAAGUCGAAACGCCGCGCAGCCGUCUGUGUGUGUGUGAGUGUGUGGGAGAGAGAGGAGGGAACAGAAAGAAAACAGGGACAGCCAGUAGCGCAGACCGACGCGCACACUAAGCAGGGGACGGAAUUUUCGUGGGCGAGAUUCUAGUAAUAAAAGGCCGCCAACCUGGAACUAAUGGAAUUAGAGAAUAUCGUGGCCAACACGGUCUACCUGAAGGCGCGCGAAGGCGGGUCCGAUAACAACAAGGGCAAAAGCAAAAAAUGGCGAAAAAUCCUACAGUUCCCACACAUAUCGCAAUGUAUAGAUCUCAAGAACAAAAUAGAUGUAAGUUAUGGUUACGUAGUUGAUCAGCAACCAAUCGGACGAGAGCUGUUUCAUCAGUUUUGCAGAAUCAAACGGCCGCAGUAUUUUCGGUAUAUUUCGUUCCUCGAAGAAACGGCAAGGUAUGAAAUCGCUGCCGACGAGAAUCGGCUGGAGCUGGCGUACGAUUUGGCCAAGCGGUACCUGUGCGUGUGCACCGAGAGCCAGGCGACCGAGGACAGUGGCGGUGGGGGUGGCGAUGGUGAUGACGGGAAAUGCGACGAUGACAGCGGCAUCGGUGGCGAUACCAAAAAACUCAGCAAUCACGACGAGCAGCAGGAGAAAAGGGCGAACUCGACAUCCAACGUGACCUCGACCUCUGCACCCGGUUGCAAAACCAACAACAGCUCCUCCGUCCCGCCGAAAGCCAAUUCCAACAACAGCUCCAGUGCCAUCAGGAGCGGUGACGACGAUGAUUUCGUGCUGGAUGUCCUGAACGACGACAUCGUGGCGCAAGUUCGGAGUAAACUGUUGACCAGCACCAAAGAACUGUUCGAUGCCUCCGUCACGGCGGUGAAGACAUUCCUAGAGGGAGAACCGUUCCGGGAAUUCGAAGCGUCGAUGUAUUUUCACAGAUACUUACAAUGGAAAUGGCUGGAGGCACAAACUAUUACCUACAAGACGUUUCGCAUGUAUCGAGUGCUGGGAAAAGGAGGUUUCGGAGAAGUUUGCGCUUGUCAGGUACGCGCCACCGGCAAAAUGUACGCCUGUAAGAAGCUGGAAAAGAAGCGCAUCAAGAAACGGAAAGGGGAAUCGAUGGUGCUGAUCGAGAAGCAGAUCCUGCAGAAGAUUAACUCCCGCUUCGUGGUGAAUUUGGCGUACGCGUACGAGACCAAAGAUGCGCUCUGCUUGGUGCUAACGAUAAUGAAUGGUGGAGAUCUCAAGUUUCACAUCUACAACAUGGGUGGCGAUCCAGGAUUCGAGCUAGUGCGCGCACGAUUCUAUGCUGCUGAGGUGGUCUGCGGGUUGGAGCAUCUUCAUCAGAUGGGCAUCGUGUAUCGGGACUGUAAACCGGAGAAUAUUUUACUCGAUGAUCAUGGUCACGUACGGAUAUCGGACCUUGGACUGGCUGUAGAAAUCCCCGAAGGAGAAAUGGUGAGGGGGAGAGUUGGCACCGUCGGUUACAUGGCACCGGAAGUAAUUGACAACGAGAAGUACUCCUUCUCGCCGGAUUGGUUCAGCUUCGGAUGUCUACUGUACGAAAUGAUCGAAGGGCAGGCUCCAUUCAGAGCGCGGAAGGAAAAAGUGAAACGAGAAGAGGUCGACAGGCGGGUUAAGGAAGACGCCGAGAAAUAUUCACAUAAAUUCAGCGACGAAGGCAAAUCUCUGUGCCAACAGUUACUUAUGAAGGCCGCCAAGAAUCGGCUGGGUUGCCGCAACGGACGGUAUGGUGCUCGCGAGGUCAAACUGCACUCGUUCUUCAAUAGUAUUAACUGGAAACGGCUGGAAGCGGGUCUGGUGGAACCGCCCUUCGUUCCCGACCCCCAUGCGGUUUACGCCAAAGACGUGCUAGACAUCGAACAAUUCUCAACGGUAAAGGGCGUCAAUCUGGAUGCGACCGAUGAAAACUUUUACUCGAAAUUCAACACAGGCUCAGUGUCGAUUCCUUGGCAAAACGAAAUGAUCGAAACGGACUGCUUCCGGGAGCUGAACGUGUUCGGUCAGGAUGAAUGCCCAACGCCAGAUUUGCUCAUCAACGCACCGCCAGUUGUGGAGAAGCCAGGAUGUUUUCCCUUCAGGAGGAAGAAAAAACAAUCUCCCCGGGAGAAACCGGUCCCGUUCAACGAGAAGCUGCUCUCAUCUAGUCAAACCGCAGUUACAAUCAGUCCAUCUCACACCGAAAGCUGAUAGUGUCAUAGAAUCGCAACGUAAGCCACACAUUCAUGCGCAAACAAACAAACAAACAAAAAAGAGAACAUCAGCUGCUCAAAGUACUGCAUCAAAAGCGUCAACAGUUUCCAAGUGAAACUGGGGAUGUGGCACCCGGCAUCACGACGUGUUAGACUGGCUGUAACACAAGAAAAUAAUAGCACAACCGCAAACACAGAAGCAGCAAACCGAGAUGUGAGCUCGAAAUCGCCCGAAGAAGUGUAUAUCCACUUUUGUUUUAGGGGUGAAGUGGGGUCGAUUCAAUCUUGUGGCCAAGAAAAAGGUUCAGGAGCUCUAGAAACCCAUACACUCUACCUAUGCGUGUAUUAUGUGAACCGCAAUGCUAGAGAAUUUUAGGCAUGUUAAUAUUUUUUUAAGUCGCACACUCACACGCAGCGAUGAUUUGUUAUUUAUUUUAAAGUGAAUUUAGAAUGUUUUAAUAUGAGCUUUCUCUUUUCUGUACAUACUUGUUUACUGAGUAGUUGAAAUAUUAUUCUUACUUCCUUUUUUUGCUAGAGUUUUAGUAGCAUUUUUUAAAUCGACGUGAUUUUUGUAUUAUCUUUAUGUUCAAUGAUACAAAAAGUAGAAUGUACAUUGUUACAAUGUAAACCACUAGAUUUAAUGCAAUGAUAAACUAACUCAUAUGUGUUUUCGUAAAGAUAGAAAAAAAAACGAUUAUCCCCGCAGCAAAACUAUCACCGCGGGCUGUGAUAGCAGCCGAAGAUGAAGCUUACCUUUUGGAGCGGAAAGUACAUAAAUCUGUUUGAAAUAAUGGUUUUGUAUGGAAAAGAUUUGCAAAUGAAAACAAAAAAAAAACCAAACGUAUGAGAACACGAGUUCGGUAUACACUUGCACAAAAAAAAAACACGAACUCAAAAGUUUGCACAGGUGAAAUUUCUUUUCCCAAACAAAUAGAACGAAGCUUAGUCAUAUACUCACUCAUUGAAUAAGAAAUCUUCUCCGCUAUGCAUGAUGUAAGUUUAUAAAAACUAAGCGCACUCAAUAAUCCUACUAUGCAACAUUAUAAUAAAAAAAACACACACACAAAUGGUUCAGACACACAACGCACUCACGCGCGCAGACACUGUCGUCAUGUUCGCCGAUUGGGGGGAAAAAAGAAGCCAAAACGAAUAGACUAUUAAUACUAGUGAUCCCCAUUGUUUUUAGAUACCUGAAAAAAACUAUUUGAAGAGAAGAUAUUUCGAAUUACGUGAACCAAUUGCACCAUGGAGCAACUACAGAUUGAAUUAGCUGCGAAACAGUUGAUUUUAGGCCGAACCUCUCCUCGACUUUGCUAGAAAUUUGUACACGCGGUGGCAGUUAGCCAAAAAAAUCAUCAUUUUUUAUUCUUCAAAAAAUCUGCAUUCUGCAAAAUCGUGAGACCCCCCCCCCUUCCAGAGGGUGGAGUAGUCUAGAAUCAACAUAAGAACCUUCCACGGCCCCAAAAACCCCUACAUAUUAAUUUAAUUAAUAUGGAGCCCUUUGUCGCGCCCCAGGAUCCCGAAGUUGCAGCAUUCCCACAGACUAACAAGUGCAGUACAGCUCAUGAACGAGCACGUUCUUCCGUUGCACCUGGUUGAUCCUGAGAACAGCGGGAACUGCAUGGGUGCAAAGACCAGCCAUCAUCGACGCAGCCCCAGUGAGGACAAUCGGUAUACAAUCAGCGGAACCUAAGUAUGACCUAUAUUGACUAUGGGAAGGCUUAUGACUCCAUAUCACUCGUUUCUCGUCCGGGUAUUGGAGAUCUAUAAAAUAGAAUCCACCGUCGUUAGGUUCCUUCAGCAUGCGAUGAGGCAAUGGAGCACGUAUGUUGCAGUCAAAAACGCUGCACAGGAUAUUUCAAGGCGACUUUUUCAGCCAGCUUUGGUUUAGUCUGGCACUGAACUCCCUCAGUAGUACGCUCAAACGAAAAGGGUCAUGGCUAUGAAAUAAGGUAUGGCGACGGCGCCCACGAAGAAGUGACCCAUCCCUUUUACAUGGACGAUCUCAAGGUCUACACUGAUUCACGUCAGCGUCUAGGUGUAGCUAGCCGGGUUGUCGAAGACAUGAGCAGGGACAUCUGCAUGGAGUUCAGCCUCGACAUGUGCCGUUGUGUCCAUCUGCUGAAAGAGCAGCUUAUCGAAUCCGAAGGUUACGAGAUCUAUGACGGCGAGUUGAUAAGAGACAUGGUUCGUGGCGAAUCCCUUAAAUAUCUUGUAUUCCGACAGCUCACCGGGAUUCGUCAUUCCGACAUCAAGACGGAGCUGCGAGACAAGUUCUUGAGUCGAGUGAACUGUGUCCUAACGUCUUUCCUCAAUGCGGGGCACAAGGUAGGCGCGAUCAACGCAUGCGCGGUCCCUCUACUGACCUUCAGUUUUGGAGUAGUCAAGUGGAGCAAAACUAACCUAGAAGACUAACCUAGAGGAAAGCAUUCAUAGAGGCCGAAAUGCACCAUCUUCAAUCGGCACUAGAGAGAGUAUCACUAUCACUGCACUGUGUGUUGCCCAGGUGAGACAACUGUGCGAGUAGUUCACAGAACGCGUCAACCUAAACGCGCUAUAGCGGGCGCCGCUGAUACGGAAUACAGUGAUCUGCACUUGGCGCAAGCGGAGUAUUAACUCAACUGUAAUCUGCUGACAGUGGAGGAGAAGAUUGCAACCUGGAAGCAAAAGAUAGUGCAUGGUGCCCACCCCCAUCAAUUGGACCGACCACUCGUCGACAAGGCCGCAUCUAAUCUGAGGCUAACGCGUGGUGAACUCUUUCCAGUAGUAGAAGCCGACAUAAUAGCCAUCAAGGACAGGAUAAUGCCGACGAGAAAUUGCAGGUAGUACGUAUGGUAUCAAGACGUUGGUGACAUUUACUGAAUGUGCCAUCAGUCAGGAGAAAACAGAGCACAUUACGCAGCCUACACAGAGCGCCAAAACAAUGUGGCCCGCAUCGUUUUUCGACAACUGGCGCUCCAAUGGGGUCUAUUGGAAGACAACGUACCCAACUACCGGUACCUGCCUGCACUUGUCCAGGAAAAUUACCCUUUCAAACUGUACUGGAUCACACUGUUCUGACCGAUCUCUCGAUCCACCACAACCGAUGCACCAAUAAUGGUUUACGAAAAGAGCGACCGCAAAGUCACCAUCAUCGAUGUCGCUAUUCCACUGAACCAAACUCUGAAGGAGACCCACGAUCGCAGAAUUUGCAAGUACCGACCAUUGGCCGUGGAGCUCAAGGAACUGUGGGGGCUAAGGGAGAUCCCAAGAAUUGUUCCAGUUGUUCUCUCUGGAACUGGAAUUGUCCCAAAGACACUUCUGGAAGCGCUGAAGGUGUUGAACAUGGAGAAGGAAUUGGCCGGCAUCCAAAAGUCAGUCAUCUUUAGCACCUGCGCGAUUUUCCGGAAAUUCCUCGGGCAAGACUAAAAAGCACAAGCAUGCAGAUACGUCCAUCCCACAUAGCCUAGUCCCCCUUUUGGCACUAAGAAGCCCGGAGGCUGGUGAAUAUUCUAUCUAGGUUCGCCUGGUCAAAAAGUAAGAUAAGUCUGCAAAAAAAAAAAAUAAAAAAAAAUUGCACGUAUUUUCUGUAAAAGUAUCGACACCAUUCACAAUUCCAGCCAGCACGGCUUGCAUUUUUGCAAUAUUUUCUGUUUAGAGAAUAAAUAUCUUUGGGAGCUGGGAGCAAGGAUGCAAAAUUUCGAAAGAACAUGUUGAAAUCGAAAAGCAAUUUUUAUCAGUGCAAAAUAUCUCCAUCGAUACUCUUCUCUUCUUUCUAUCGCGGUGCCGCGGUGCUUAUGACUGCUGGCUCACCAUUACGUUUGUUUUGAUAUAGUUUUCGUGCCAUUGACAGAAAUAUCAGUUCAUUCUCGAUGUCAGUGAAUGCUCAAGCCGAAAAUAUCACCUUUCAUUGCGACCUGAUGAAAUUUUCGUUGGUCAUACACCCAUAAACUCAGCACUCGAAUGUGCCGUUGCCCAUCGAUGUGUGUGCAAUAAGCGGCACAAAAAUGGAACCGGGGCUGGGAAAAGUAUCAGGAAAACAUACACACGAACACACGUUUAAACGUCUGACGCGGUGUCAGUGAGAUGAUGGGCCCUAUUCCAGAAAACGAGACGAGCAGACGAGCGCUCGUCUCGUUUGUUUUCAUAUUCCAGAAGCCGAGCUCGACUAAAAACAGACGAGUAGCUCGUCUGGCUCGACGACCGUUCGGCCGCGCUCGUCGAUGAAUCAGUUGAAUCGUCUAGUUUGUUUGAUGUGUUUGUUCACCUUGUUGAUUGAAAGCACCGGUAUUCUUCUGCUCCGCCUUUAUCUUCAAAAAUUGUUUCACAACUAAACUAGUAUUGCAUAAGCAAUGUAAGUUUUCAACUGCAACCAUCAAAUUCAAUUCAGUAAUUGCUAGAUUUUACAGAUUUUCAAGUGGGCCUCUUCCAAACAACACAACCAAAUGUGAACAUUGAACUUAUAUCCUGGGAUGCUAGAUGACUGUUUUGAAUAUAUUAACACGGCACGAAAAAAGUCUUCACAUAUUAAACGAAAAUGAGUAAUUCAAAACAACUACUUUAUUGGAAAUACGUUUAUAUAGAUUUAAAACUUUUCUUGAUAAAUCGUUGAUUAGGUGAACAAACAUUGCCCCCAAUAAAUCCAUAAUAACAAAACGUCUGAGUGAUAAAACCAUAUGCUCGAGAAAAUGAAAUCAAAAGAUAUAUGAAACUUAUUUCUUUUUGUUAUGCUGUUUGUUGUUUUUCUCAAAACAAAAACAUGUCUUCUCAUCUGAUAUCACUGAUCAUACCGAGAAAAACUGACUGAAGUCUCUCCAGUCUACCAAAUAAAACAUUUCAAUGAAACUCGUGUACUGGAAUGGGAUAUUUUGCUCGUCUCGACAGUGACUGAAGCCGAGACGAGACGAGAUGAAUUGCUCGUCUCGUUUUCUGGAAUAGGGCCCGAUAUUUCCCUUGAUGGAAAUUUGUUCACCUUCCAUGAAAAAUUCGGGUGUUCAUUCUCAGUGAGACAGUGAACCUAAGGAGUGUGCCAAACCAAAUGUCCCACGUGACGGAGUGUCGGUUGCAUGUAAUUAAGUUCGGUUCAUUUGUCAUGAACUGCAGGGGCAUUGGUGAUUGAAUUUAAUGUUGCCUCAAUAUCAUGCGCUGUCAGCAUUCUUCUUGUGGACACCGACUGGACAACAUCGUUACUGGACGAGCUGGACGGCGAGGGAUCGAGUGCCUUUCUCAAGGCAAGAGGGUGGAGGUGGUAGCACUGGAGUAGAGUAGAGUUUUCAAAGGGUCUUUCUCAAGGCUAGAGACGAAUGAACUGCAAAAGUUUAAAGUCUCUAUAAUACAAUACCUUACCUUACCUUGCGCUGUCAGUAAAAUGAGUGUGAGAUUUUGCUACUCUGGCUGGGAGCAAAUGAGAAGCGCAGCACAGUGUGGGACUCAACUUGUUGACUUUCAAACAACUCUGUCGAACAUCGUGUUCUAAUAGCCUAGAUGGCUUUUUGUUGAUUUCUCAUAAAACUAAUUUUAAUGAUUGCAGAUGAAUAAAAGGUCGCCAUUAAAAUUGGGCAAAUUAGGAUUUUGUGCAGCUGCCACCGUAUGUACAAAGUUUAAAAAGGUCGGAGAAAAUCAGGGCAGCAACCAGGUAAUUUGGCAUGGAAUUGCUUCUGUUAAUUAUUUUGGCAACUGAAAAAAAGAAAUUGAACUAACGAGGAAGCAGUGCAUUCAAACAUGUACUAGACACCAUACUUGCCCAAUGUCAUAUUGAAUUCCGCCAGCACUUAAUGCGCUUGAAGACCCAUUGUUAUCCAGAAGGAUGUCAAACGCUCACGAAAUUACGAUUUAACAAUCGACGUGUCGUCAUUAUGAUCGGUUAGCUCACGUAUCGUUUAACGAGAAUGAGGCAUCACUCAUUGAAGUAGUGCAUUAAUUUAACUACAUUUUAUUAUCAAGUAAAUGCAAAAAAGCAAAGUUUCCGUAAAGUGUAUCUCUCAAUUAAGAGAGCAAAAACAACAGUAAAUCUACUGAUAAUAAUCAUAAAAAUGAUACGAAAAUAGAGCAGGAAGCAUAAAUAGCAAACUUUUGAUGAACAUUUUUACAUAGAUCUAAACUGGAAGGAAUGGAAAACGACAGAACAGAAAACAAAUGAAUAACUCAUAACCCAACAGAUAGGAUGGUCAACCCAUUUCGUGAUCAACGCACGGUGAAUACACUGAAUAAUAAGACAAACCCACGAUCACCAAUAUUGGUGAAAGGAAAAAAAUAUGAAAACUCAAGCAGUAUUAGUUUUGAAAUCACGAAUAAUGUAUCGGAACAACCAUUUGAAACCAUAAAACCUGUGUCGAGAGAGGCGAAGACGCUCAAUUAACUUGGAACUAGGUUUUCAAACGACCGGACAAUUCUUUUUUGCUCGACAUAAGUAAAACACACAUAAUUAACGUAAAUUGCGAUGCUAUCGCAAAUGGAAAAAAAUGUAAAAGAUCAACGUGUAGUACUAGAGUUGGGACAUAUUACUGCUUUCCUCGAACAUAAACCCUAGUCUGAACUCUGCACUGUGUAGAAGAAAACCAUAGCUCGGGAGCAAACCUUUGCAUAAAUGAACGAUUUUCGAAAGUACCGAUAGGAGGCGCGCUGUUCCGCAGGAUAUUCCACACGAAGGAGUAAAUUAGCCAAUUUUCAAAAAACAUAAUUCGUUCUUUGAGGCCAAAAACUUUGUUUACAUCCGAUUACUAUAGCCAAGUUUUUGCUGACACUAAAUAUUUGCCAAAAGCGCUCCGAAUCGAUUUGAGUUCAUUAUUCCGGCGUGCCGAUUUAUUCGAAGUCGAACUCUAGGCUGUAGGCAAUAGCGAGAACUAAAAUAAUACGAACGGGGAAAUACUAAACAUAAUUGGAGAACUAACUUAUUGACUAAUAUACACAAAAACCUAACUCUAUCAGUACGGAGUGAACCGAAUAUUCGCAAGCGGAAAUUAGAAAUGAUAUGUAAAUUUAAGAAGACUAGUAAAAUGUAACUCAAGUAAUACAAUAGAAAGUUGA